ACCUAAACAUCGUUGUUGAUGCUUUACAAAUGUGAAGUGGAACUUCAGUUUCAGUUUGAGAUCCACUGCCUAUAAGUGUAAAAUUUUAGAUUAGUGUUCAAGUGAGUAUACGCUUGUAUAAUGUUUAAUUAAACAAAUGUGUACACAUAAUACAUUGCUACAUGUCUGCCAGUGUUUUAAUAUGUUUUACUGCAUAUGAACACGCUAACCAGCAUAUUUUAAUGCGCAAGCAACUAAACUGACCAUAAUAUUAUUCUUCCAUAAACACAGUGGAAAGGGUGUGAACAAAUUUCAUCCAAAAUAUUUGCAAACCAGCUGCUUGGGACAGGAACCAUUACCGCCUUUAAUCUAUUCAGACAGCUGGGAGUUACAAUAACCAAAGUGCAGAGACUGUAGAGAUUUAUCAGUUUGAAUCCCUAGGAAGACGAAGAACCACAAUGGUUUAGGAUGCAUCCCAUCUGAAACACAGUCACUCCUUCCUUGAUUCACUUACAAACACCUGCUAACUUUACGGUUCACCAGUGUGUUCGCAUUGCAUACAUAACUAGUCUUGAUUUGUGUUAACCCUUUUCCAGUAAGAACAGGUACGCUGAAUUAGGUACAAGCUGGUUAAUGACUCGAAAACACAGAAAAUCAAGAAAGAAAGCAAAAAUGUCUUCUUCACAGGUCAAGCCACAAUAAGCCGAAUGAGUUUUCAGCAAGAAGGUGAAUUUUCUGUACCAUUAAGCUGAUAAGGUUGCAUAUCAGCCCAACAUCAACCCCCACAAAAAACAGCAAAUAAAUAACACAUAUUAAAAGAAUGAGUAUAGGUAACCAGUUGCACACUUAAAGUCGCAUAAUUUUGGCUCGUAUAGAUGUUUCUGCAGCAAAAUGGAAAUACGUUUAAAAUUAAUAUGUUGGAAGCAACUCUCAACACUAAAGGUCUUGCUCAACAGCAACAAAUACUUGCCGGUCUACACUUGCAUCUGGAUGUGGUCCAUAGCCGGCAGCCUUUAAGACAGCAUCCUUGGUUUAGUGACAUCAGGUCCUAUUUCUACAUUACUGUAGGCUGUUGCGCAUUUUUGCUGCGUCUUCACGUUUGCAAGAAGAAAUAAUCAGUUGGAUUGUGUUGUUAUAUGCGUCUAUGGAGGUUUUACUGGAGUACCACAGGGUAUCAGGUGUGAAAACCCCGGUGGCAUUUGUGAGGGGGCGUUAAAACGUGCACAUUCCUGAAUGUGGGUCUUUAAGCCAAGCUUGUCGGCUCCCUGUGUGAUCCACAUACUGAUGAGUUGUGGAGAGUCACGCAGGCUUUGACGUCGCCUGGCUGCGGCUCCCAGCUCCCGCACUCAGCUGCACGUAGAGCACAACGUGACCACUCAUCUCCUCUACAAUUCAGCCACUUUUAACACAUCCUGGGUGCCACGUCGGAACUCCCCUCGACCGCGAUCUCUCGCAGAGGAGCAGGUCCGAGGCUAUUAGGUUGAGCCUCUUCUCCUGCUUUAGGUCCAUCGCCAGAGCUGUCAUUCGGGCUCAUCUGUGCUGUUAGCUAUGAACGCCUUCGCCUGCCUCUUCUGCCACCAUUCCUCACUUUAAAUGUGUAGCCAGGCUGGCAGAUGUCAUUAUUCAGCCCUUCGUGUCGCUGAGUCUUGUUUUUUCUUGUGAUAUUUAUCUUACUUGCACUUGGUCUCCAAAUAAUUGGUUUGCAUCUUCUUGAAGGAGAGGCUGCGGAAGGACCUGAAUGGUGUCGCAAUGGCAGCGAUUGGAAUUGGUAGGGGGAACAGCUCGCUGGAUGUAGCUGAACAGCAAUCUAACGUGUCUGUUAAUUGUUCUCCAGAGGGCAUCUUCAGUUACUUCUGAGACAGCAGCAGCCUCAUCAUUUGGGCGACCGUUUGGCCAGCACUUGUCUCCAUCAAGUCAGCACUUAGAGGAUAGUAGGUUUUGCUCUAGCCCAGUGAGUUCAGCUUUUCCUAAGAAAUCGACUGCAGCUGGUUUGGUAUCUAACGCUUUGCUGCCCCCUCCCCCUUUUCUUUUUGGGUUUUGCAUUAGAAGGGGAACCGUGGUUGCAGUCAUUAUGGAAAGCAAGCGUGAUUAACCGUUUAGUUGGGCUAUAGAACUUGUUUUUGACAUUAUCCGUUGAGGUUGUACAGCGGUGGAGCUUGUUUCAGGAGCAAUUGGGAUUCGAUCAUCUUGUGUGCCCCUUACUCAGAGGAAGCCUUCCACUCCAGGCUGGACUGGAUAUGUUCAUAUUAAGGCGAAGAUGGAUUUCGCAUAUGAACUUCUGUGGCUAUUGACAGUCAUCAUAGAGGGCAUAUCUGGACAAGGAGUAUAUGCUCCGCCUACUGUCCGCAUUAUGCAUUCUGGACAAGCAUGUAAUAUAGAAGAGUUAAGAUAUUCUGAAAGAGUCUAUACCAUACGGGAAGGAGAAACACUAGAGCUUAUCUGUCUUGUUACAGGCCAUCCACGACCACAAAUCAGGUGGACCAAAACUGCAGGAAGUGCCUCUGAUAGGUUCCAGGACUCAAGUGUUUUCAAUGAGAUCUUGAGAAUUGUGAAAAUCCAGCGACAUCAGGGAGGCCGAUACUACUGCAAAGCAGAUAAUGGUUUGGGAUCGCCUGCAAUAUGGUCGAUACGAGUGGAUGUAUACUACCUGGAUGACCCAAUAGUUACUGUACAUCAGAGCAUAGGGGAAGCAAAGGAACAGUUCUAUUUUGAGAGAACGGUGUUUCUACGAUGUGUAGCUCUUUCUAAUCCUCCAGUGAGGUACACGUGGAAACGAGGCCAAGAUAUUCUUCUUCAGGGAUCAGACAAGGGAGUUGAAAUCUACGAGCCCUUUUUUACACAGGGUGAAACAAAGAUCUUGAAACUGAAGAACCUUCGUCCUCAGGACUAUGCAAACUAUACUUGCAUUGCCUCUGUCCGAAAUGUAUGCAACAUUCCUGACAAGAUGGUGUCUUUCAGACUUUCAAACAGAACAGCCUCUCCCUCCAUUAAGCUUUUAGUGGAUGAUCCCAUAGUUGUAAAUCCUGGAGAAGCCAUUACCUUGGUCUGUGUAACCACAGGAGGAGAACCUACACCUACUCUAACUUGGGUUAAAACCAAUGGAAUGCUACCAAAAAAGGCUGUACUGAAUGGAGGAACAUUAACCAUCCCUGCUGUGACAUCAGAAGACGCUGGGAUCUAUAAUUGUAUCGCAAAUAACAAUGUUGGAAAUCCUGCAAAAAAGUCAACUACCAUUAUUGUGAGAGCUUUAAAGAAAGGGAGAUUUUGGAUUACACCCGACCCUUACCACAAAGAUGACAACAUUCAGAUUGGACGUGAAGUGAAAAUUUCUUGCCAAGUUGAAGCUGUACCUUCUGAAGAGCUUGUAUUCAUCUGGUUCAAGAAUGGACGCCCAUUAAAAACCUCUGAGAGAAUGGUUAUCACACAGACAGAUCCUGAUGUUUCUCCAGGGACCACAAACCUAGAUAUAAUUGAUCUGAAGUUUACAGACUUUGGCACAUAUACCUGUGUAGCAUCUUUAAAAGGAGGAGGCAUAUCUGAUGUCAGCAUUGAUGUUAAUAUCUCUACCAGUACAGUGCCACCAAAUCUGACUGUUCCAAAGGAAAAGUCACCUAUGGUUGUCCAAGAAGGAGAUACUGUAGAUCUACAGUGCUUGGUCUCUGGAAAACCUAAGCCUAUAAUUCUCUGGUCAAGGGCGGAUAAGGAAGUCCCAAUGCCUGAUGGAUUCAUGCAGACAGAAAGUUUUGAUGGGAUUUUAAGGAUAACGAAUGUAUCAAGAGAAAUGACUGGAACCUACAGAUGUCAAACAAGCCAGUUUAAUGGAUUUAAUGUUAAGUCGAGAGAAGCCCUUGUACAGCUUAUAGUACAAUAUCCACCUACUGUAGAGCCCAUCUUUAUGGAAAUCAGACAAGGAUAUGGACGAUCUGUCACCAUGACAUGCAAAGUGCUGCGAGCGUACCCAAAUCGAGUUUUGACAUAUGAAUGGAAACUUGGCAAUAAAGUUGUAAGGAAAGGCCAGUUUGACUCUCAGGAUACUACAGAGUAUACUGUAAACAAUCUUCAGCCGGAAAAUUAUGGAACGUACAACUGUAACAUCAUCAAUGAAGCAGGUGCUGGAAGGUGCACUUUCCUUGUAACAGGCAAAGCUUAUCCUCCAGAGUUUUAUUAUGAUACCUACAACCCUCUGUGGCUUAACAGACCUCGGACCUACACCUACAGUCUGCAAUGGACUCAAAUGAAUCCCAAUGCAGUGGACCGCAUUCUUUCAUAUCGCUUGAGGUACAAAGAGGGCAGUUUGCAACGCUGGUGGGAGCACAAUAUUAAUGUGAAUGAAAUCAUACAGAAGGGAGAACUGAUCACACACAAUCUUACAGAACUGAUUAAAGAUCAGACGUAUGAGGUUCGCCUGACACCUAUCACCAGAUUUGGAGAGGGCGAUACUGCAUCUAGAAUAAUAAAGUACAGCGCACCAAUCAAUCCACAUCUACGAGAGUUCCGGUGUGGAUUUGAAGAUGACAAUAUCUGCAUGUUCACGCAAGACAAAACAGACAAUUUUGAUUGGACGAAACAAAGUGCAGCAACCAGGACUUCAUUGUUUACUCCUAACACAGGGCCCGUUACAGAUAAUAGCGGAACUAAAUAUGGAUUUUUCAUGUAUAUAGAGACCUCCCGUCCGAGAGAAGAAGGAGAAAAAGCAAGACUUCUUAGUCCUUUGUUUAACGUGGCACCUAAAAAUCCAUAUGGAGCUACAAACACAGCAUACUGUUUGGAGUUUUACUACCAUAUGUGUGGAAAGCAUAUAGACACCCUAAAUGUUUAUCUUCAGUUGAAAGGACAAACAACACUAGACAGCCCAGUCUGGACUUUAAGUGGUAACCAGGGAAGUCAAUGGAAUCAUGCCAAUGUUAGUAUACAACCAACCACCUCCUUCCAGAUAAUUUUUGAAGGCGUACGAGGUAAAGGCAUGGAGGGGGAUAUUGCCAUUGAUGACAUUUCAAUUGUGGAAGGAGAAUGUAAAAGAAAAGACCAGCCAGAUAACAAUCCAAGAUCCUCUGCUGAUCGAAUAUUAACACAUCUAAGGCUGUAUCCAGUCAUCUACUUAACCUCUAUGUUAACCCAUCGGAGGUGACCAUGUCCUGGCAGAGGCUAGAAUGAUUAUGUAGGCACGGAGCAAGAGUCUGUGAAAAUGGAACUUACAUGUUAAAACUACCAAAGAUUCAUCCACUGACUUCUGACUUGAAAAAAAAAAAGCAUCAGAGAAAAAGGCAUCAUUAGAGCAAAAUCCGACUUUGUAAUAGUUAUGCUUAAAUAUGGCUCUGACCUAGGAGAAGAAGCACCCUACUGUUUUUGUGGUUAAUCAGAAUACCACGUCAUCUGGUUGACAUCCAUGGAAAAAAAAAGAGCUAGAGAAGUUCUUGUCAAAGCACAAAGUCAUGGCUAAAUUUGCUUCAGAUGAAUAGUGUUUGCUUGUUCCCAUGGAAACCUAAUGGCCAGCCAACAAAAACAUCAACUGUAAACAGGGUACAUGAAGAGAUGGCAUUUAUUUUCCCUCAAGAAGGAUCUUGUUGAAGAAUUUGAAAACCAUAGACUCAUAUGCCUUUUGUGCCACCUUUGCUAUAAAAAUAUCCCAACACAAAGCUGUCUCUAAGACACGUGUUCUGUUUCUCCCAUUCAUUUUUACCAUGGCCGUGCUAGAUAACUGUAUGCAGUUUGUUUCUUUCUUCUCUUUCUCUCUGUUGCUCUCUUUGCAUGCUUUGCUACUCAGAUUGUAUAGUCUGGGCUCACAUGAAACAUACACUUUUUGAAGUAUGCUUGCUGCCAUUUUAACACCUCCCUCAAGAAGUCAUUUAUUCUAAUUAGGAAACCAAACCACCAUGUUUUGUAAAAUGCCAUGGAAACCAAGUGCCUUCAAUGAAACAAGCCUGAAAAUAUUUUCAGAGAUGUAUGCAGUGCAACUAUGGGCUGUGUAGGACACUUUUAUAAAUCAGCCUAUAUGUGCAAUUUACUGGCAGAACACAAAGCUACUGCACAGCUGUUGAAAGAAGAUGAAAGAGACAUUUAAUGUAAGCCUUUCUGAACAAGACAUUUGUUAUUCAGCCUUCUAGACAGCCAUGGCUUUUAAGCAUAUGAUCCAGUGAGAAGAAAAUUCCACUGAUAUUAAAUUGGAAGUUAUACUUUGUCAGGGUUACUAAGCGUGAAUGGGAUGAUUGGAUCAAUGGUUUCUCGAGAUGUUUAUAGUGUAAAGGGCAGGAAACAUAUGACUAGUUGUCCUUGUCUGCCCUAUUCUGUGCCCAGCUGAAGGAGGCCCUUAACUCCUAGAAGGAGCAUUAGAGACAUUGUGGUAUGCACUAAUAUAUCAGGAACUGGGCCAAGAAAUCCGGCACUCUGGGAAUAUAUUAUGGAGGAGCUUGUGAGAGGACUGAGUGCCUCUGCCCUUCUGUCAGACUCUGUGCAGAUUGUGAAAUAUUAUUUUAUUACUCUAGCAGAAGAAUAAAUGUUACUUUUGCAAAAUAGGAAAAAAAUGAAACUGUAACAAUGACUUUGAACUACCUGAAUACAUUCAGCACCAUACCUUUAACUAGCUGGUUCUCCAGUGUAUGUAAACUUCCCUUAUAUUGUUGUUAAAAUUGAAGACAUUUUGCUUAAAUUAUCCAAGCUUUUAACUUCAUUUAAAUACUUUGUCUAAAGAUGGUUAUAACUAUUCUUUCUCAGCACCCUAGAUAAAAAGAGAAAUCAAAUAAAGCAAAACUGAUAUGCAAGUAAUUGGAAAAUAAACAUUUUAAAAAUAACAGAAAAAGUAAUAUAAAAAGCACAAAAUAUAGAACAACGACAAGGCUUGAAUUUUAUAUUCUGUAGAAAGAUUUGUCCAAAUUCAGUAAUACAACUGAAAUGAUUUUUUCAGCUAUCUUCAAUAAAGCCUCUUUUCAGGUAA